AAAAUCCAGCAGGAGGACGUAGGCGCCUCUUCAUGUUUUGGCAGUUUCUCACCGAUAAAGCUACACGGAUAUAGAGCCUAUCAAGGAGACAGACCACCGGGAUUUUUAGUGGUUAUCCACGACAAAGCUACGAUGCUACUGACUGGACAGUGACUGGCAGUGUGAGCUGGUUAGUGCUGCUUCACAAUGGCUGAUGGAAAUGAUGAUGAUGUCAUCCACCUGGCCAGCUUCAACGUGCACCGCAGCCAAGGCUCUCGUUCGGGUCAAAAGGAGUUAAUCACCAUUUCCGACGACUCGGAUGAAGAGCCAGUGACCUUUUUACCCGGCAGUCCGGUUUUAGUCCCAGACGAUGGCGAUGACGACGACGUUAGCAUACUAGAGGUACCACCUCCGGCACGCAGGAACAUAAUCCGGCAAGCAGCCAAAUGGAGCGGGAUCUUGCACAACCCGGGUCAAAGCAGCGAGAUGGCCACCGCCGGGGACCCAGGCUCCGCUGUUUCUACCUCCAGAGACAUCAGGACGAACCAGCAGGCCACACAGACAUCGACCGCUGCGCCCUCUGCCCCGACGUUGCACGCACAGCUUCAGCCAAAGCACCACACGUCCGCGCGACACCGGGACAACACGCCGGCCCAUCCCGCCGACACCCCGUCUACCUCUAAGCCGUCUGGGACAGCUACCAUUUUUCAGGUUCAGCCGAGCACAUCGGGACUCCUCCUGGGCCCCUCAGCGUGCUUACCGCGGCGUCAGAGACAUGAAGCUGCAACCGCGGCGUGUUCCUCCGCCAAGCCUCAAGAGACGGCGAGUACGUCCGGAUUCGUUCUGGGCCCCUCGGCGUGCGUACCGCGGCGUCAGAGACAUGAAGCUGCAACCGCGGCGUGUUCCUCUGCCAAGCCUCAGGAGACGGCGAGUAAGAGUGGACGAGCAGCAGUGGAUGGUACUCAGGCCAGUACGUCAUCUGCGCACGCACGGACUCAGCCUCAGCCGCAGCCGGGCACGUCUGCGCAGCCCAAUGUCUUCCAGGUGAGCCUGGUCGUGCUUCCGCAGCUGCCCAGCAUCCGGGCGUCGGCGCUCAUAACCCAGCCGCAGCAGCGGCCCAAGAACUUUGUGUCGCACAAUCAGCCACAGGGCAAUCUGGUGCAGAUCGAGCCGCAGCCCCUGGCCCAAGCCCCCGCCCAGACACCUCAGGCCGCGCCCGUCGUCCCUCCCGCAGUUCUAAUCGCCGCCGCCCCAGAAAGAUUAGGUUCUCCUGAGGCGGGUCACCGAAUCAUCCUGGGGAGCCAGGCGCCGGCGGAGGCCGUCCCGGAUCCCCCGCCGCAGGCCUCUGUGGGAGCGGCGCCCGCCCAUGAAGUCCGGCCGGCCAACCCGCUUAUGCCCCAUGACCGAGGAAGGGCCGCUGGGCUCGUCCUGGCCCCAACUCCAGAGCAGGUAAAUCCAGCGCCGGCUCUGGUGGCCGUCCCCCCUGCACCCGAGGCCGUACCCCAGAUAGAGGACGCCAGACCCGGACCCUCAGCGCCGCAGGGCAGACCGGACCAGCAGCCUCACGUUAGAGCCCUCAUCACUGGAGUUCUGGAUCUACUCCCAGACGUCCAGGAAGCGUAUGUAGCAGAACUGAUCCUGAGGAAUAAUGUGAAAGACUUGAAUGUGAUCUGCAACCUGCUGCUGGAGAAUCCAGAGUAUCCGAGGAGGGAGGCGGCUGCGGCCACAGCCGCUCCCACCAGCAUCCUGCUGGAGUCAGGAGACGUCCAGGCGGAGGUGACUGAGGACCUGUUUGACUAUGCCAAGCUGAGCACGGUGGGGCCCAUGGUAAUCAUGCAGGCUGCCGACUUGCUGAUGGCAGACUUCAGGAUGCUCAGCUGUCAGGACAUCAAAUGGGCCCUGAACGCCCUGAAGGGACACUAUGCAAUCACACGCAAGGCCUUAUGUGAAGCUCUGAAGAAGUGGCAGGAAUCCGGCGACCCGUCCGGAAAGAGACGACGGAGCAGGACCUCGUCGGAGCGCUGCUACAUCGAUUUUCAUUUUGAGCACGGUUCUUACAGGUUGGACAGAAGGAUGUAUUUUUUGGAGAACGACCGGCGCUACUGCAGGACGUACAACAAUCUGGAAGGUUCUGUCCAAAAGGAGCUGUCGUUCUAUCAGCAGAAGACCAAGGAGUGGGCAGAGCACGAAGACUUCCUCCUUGCUCUGCAGGUCAACGAAGAUGAAUAUAAGAAGGACGGUCAGCUGAUCGAGUGCGGCUGCUGCUACGGGGAGUUUGCCUUUGAGAAGAUGACGCAGUGCUCGGACGGACACCUGUUCUGCAAGGAGUGCCUGGUUAAAUACGCUCAGGAGGCCGUGUUUGGCUCCGGCAAGUCGGAGCUGAGCUGCAUGGAGGACGGCUGCCCGUGCUCCUACCCCAUGUGCGAGCUGCAGAAGGUCCUCCCCGACAACAUCCUGUGCAAAUACAACGAGAGGCAGGCGGAGGAGGCGGUGGCGGCCACCUGCGCCGACGAGUUAGUGAGGUGUCCGUUUUGUAACUUCCCGGCCUUGUUGGACAAAAACAUGUCUCUGUUUAGCUGUCCCAACCCGCGCUGCCGCAAGGAGAGCUGCAGGAAGUGUCAUGUCCAGUGGAAGCAGCAUGUGGGAAAAACCUGCGAGCAGGUUCUGGAGAGAGACGAGAUCCGCAUGAGAGUUCUGUUCGAGGAGCGGAUGACGGCGGCGCGGGUCAGGAAGUGCGUGAAGUGCGGGACGGGCCUGGUGAAGUCGGAGGGCUGCAACCGGAUGUCGUGCCGCUGCGGCAGCUUCAUGUGCUACCUGUGCCGGGAGCCCAUCACGGGCUACAACCACUUCUGCCAGCACGCCCGCUCCCCCGGCGCCCCCUGCAGGCACUGUCGCAAAUGCUCGCUGUGGACAGACCCCACGCAAGACGACGAGCGAAUCAUCCAGGAGAUCCAGAAGGAGGGCGAAGCUGAGCUGAGCAAGAAGUGUACAGAUAAUUCAGGGAAGCGCGUCGGCCCGCCUCCUGAGGCCAUCAAAGACUCUAAACGGCCCCGUGUGGGUCCGCCCCCGGAGAACCCCCCACAUCCCAACGCCCCACCCGCGGCCCCCCACGGACCCCAGGCGGUACAGGCCCCCCUGUUCGUCCCCCCUCGCGCCCAUUACCACCCGCCGGUGCCGCAGGGCCGGAUCUACCACCCCAUCAUCAUCCCGCGGUUGCCCCCGGCGCCCUACGUGCCCCCGCUGCAGCACGUGCCCCCCCUGAACAAUAACAACAACAACAACCAGCACAACCACAACCCGCCCUUCAACAUGGACAUGCCCAUGCACUACGGACCCCCGCCACACUACUACAGACGCUACUGACAGCGCGGUGAGUCGCCGCCCCGUCCCGACCGCGACGUCACAGCCAGGUUUCCUCUCCGCGUAACAAACACUGAGAUCAGAACUGCAUUAAAGACGCAGCUCUGCCCUCUUUUUAAUUUGCCUUCUGCUGACUUCUGUUAUUCAAGAGGAUGUUCCCUUUUUACUUUUCCUUUUUACUCUCUCUGUCUCUCUUUACAGAACCGAACCGACGGACCUCUGAGGCAAUUUCUGUCCGGUUUCUACAGAUAUUUUUGAGUAAUAAAAUUGUAUAGAAGUGCAAAACGACAACAACAAAAGAAAUACGUUGAAUUCCCUUCUGUAUUUUUGUCUAACAGGUGUGAAUUUUCUAAUAAUAAAGUUUUCUUCACGAUGCCUCAGAA